AUGGCCGCCCGAAAUCUCAUCGCCUUGGGUGCCAUCAUCCUCUGGUGGUGCGCCCCUGCCGCGGUCUGCGGUGAGGAUGGGAUCGUCGAUGGGGACGUGACCAUCAUCCUCCCCUGCCUGGAGAACCUGAUAGCAUGCCAGGAGAAUUUACAACAACCGGUCGCCUCCUCUGCGUGCUGUUCGCCCAUGGCGUACUUGUUCGAGCACAACUCCAUCUGUAUGUGUUCCCUCUUCUUCAACGAAGAACUCCUGCACAGCUUCAACGUCACGCAAGAGCAGAUAUUCGACCUCACCAUCAGAUGCGGCAUCAGCGUUGCCGCGAACUACUGCAGCAAGUACAUUGAUGAUGAUGAUGUUAAAACCGCAUUGUCACCUCAAGCUCUAGCAACAUUAGCGGCUCCAUCCCCUACGAAUGGUACAACACAAUAA